CUCAAUUUCUCUAGAAGUGAGAGAAAAUCAUCUAGAGGCAUGCUGUAAAACACAUCAACAGAGACUCCAUCAUGCAAGACAGAGAUUGUUACAGCUGACAUUGAAAGUCUUCAUGAUGGUAGAUCUAUUACAGGGUCUGACACAUGUACUGCAGUAUUGUCAGUACACUGUUCGCUUUUCUCUCAUCCUAUUCACCAAUGUGUAUGCUAUAUCAUCCUACUGUGUAUGGUUGCUGCUGCUGUGGCCAGUCCGUGUUCUUCAACCAUCUUUGUAUUGGAAGCUUGAAAGUGUUCUCUUCAAGGGACUCCUGGCCAUGGUCACAACAUGGUUCUUCACAGCUGGAUACAGAAUUGUAGAGAGUGGAGAUGAGCUCAGUGUACUAUAUGACAAGGAAGCAUUACUCCUGGCGAACCACCAGUCUACAGGAGAUGUACCAUCCCUAAUGGCAUCACUACAUGGCAGGCACAGAGUUGGUGGAACACUCAUGUGGAUUAUGGAUGAAAUGUUCCGCUUUACUCACUUUGGAGCAGCAUCUACUUUGAGGAAAGACUUUUUCAUCCGACAGGGUAAAGCUGUCAGGGAACAACAGCUGCUGAAUCUCCAUGCUCACCUCGUAUCUGACUAUGUAGCUCUUGACAGAAAGUGGAUUGUACUAUUUCCUGAGGGUGGAUUCUUAUACAAGCUGAAGGAGUCGAAUAAGAAAUAUGCAGAGAAAAACAACUAUCCUGUUUGGAAUCACAUCACAUUACCUAGAGUUGGAGCUGUAAAAGUUGUUCUUGAAUCAUUAGCCGAUGGGUUGUCUUCACCCUUUGAUACAGGAGAGUCAUCAGUGAAAAUAUCAGAGGAGAUGUCAAAAAUGCAGAAGUUGAUGACUGAAGCACGACACACAACAUGCCGUGAUACCAGUCCACUUGGCUUUCAGUCAGAUGAAGAUAUGUUCCAUGGCUCCCUGUUACAGUGGAUUAUUGAUGUAACCAUAGUUUAUCCUAAGGAUAACCCACUGACUCUGGUGAACAUAGGGGCAGGAUCAUGGUCAGCCUGUGAUGUGCUCCUCCAUUUUAGAGCUUACCCUGUCUCAGAUGUACCCAGAGAUGAAGAGGGGAUGAAACAGUGGCUUUUCAAGAGGUUUGCUGAGAAGGAAAUAAUGAUGGAAGAAUACUACAGCCAUGGAACACCACUCAGUCAAACCGAUGAUCAGAAACGCCUUUUAGCUCGCAGAAAAGAUGGAGCCUGUCAUUUUGAUGGAUUACAUGUUGUUUUUUUCAAUUUGUUUUAUCUAAUUUCAUUCUAUUGUCAAUGUCUUUUAAUUUGGAAACCAAUUUUCGUUUGUAUCUCACAAGCAUUUACACACUGAAUUUGUACUAUAUUGUAUUGUAAAAGGACUGCUGUUAUUUACUGAAAUGUUGCAACUGAUGUUAUCACAAAAAGCAAGGAAUAUUAACUCACCUGCGUAGGAGUUCCCACUGAUCAUUUUUAAUUGACUUCAAAUAACUGUGACAUUGACAGUCAACUCUUUCAUUUCUCAGCUAAACAUGAACUAGACCAAAUGCAUGUUCAUAAUACAGAUAUGUGAUUUAAAAGUUAUCAAGACCUGUUAGAGGUGACUGAUCAUAUUUUCUUCAGCCAGUAACUUCAAUAAAUGUGAUUGUAUUCAAUCCCAAGAUAUCUUCCCUGCAGGACCAAUAUCAUUGAAACUGUCCCUGCUUGUUGCCUUCAGUAACAACUUAAUUUGUUCAAAGGCUUCAAAUCCCACUUUACAAAAUGGCUGCAGUGGUAGCCAUAAUGUGAAACUCAUUUGUGACAUUUAUAUAACUCACAUGUUGCUCACCUUGACAUUGUUAAAUAUUUUUUCUUGUUCAACAUGUCCUUAUCUACAACAAUUAACAUUUUCAAACCUAUCCUAUCUUGUGUAUUGUACUCUCUCUCACGAGGGAAAUGAAACAUUGUCAAAAACAGUGAAAAACAUGAGUGUUGAAACACACCAGCACCAUGUUUGAUUCAAUCCGGAAGAAGUGUUGCUCGCCGUCUUAAGGCGUCUCCCUCUGUCCUUCACAGACUGAAGGACAGGUUCAAGGCCAGUGUACCCAUGAAGGUCCGGGUUAGAAUAUUGAUCUGCAGUAACCCAUGCUUGUCGUAAGAGGUGACUAACGGGAUCAGGUGGUCAGGCUCGCUGACUUGGUUGACACAUGUCAUCGGUUCCCAAUUACGCAGAUCGAUGUGGAUGCUGUUGAUCACUGGAUUGUCUGGUCCAGACUCGAUUAUUUACAGAUCAAUGACAUAUGGCUGGAAUAUGGCCAUAUGUCCCUUCAGAACCGAUUCACACCUGCCAUUGCCUAGUUGCCACAAGCUCCAUAGGACGUCUGUCUUCCACAUGCACUAGGCUGUUGUGUUUGGGCGUUUGAAUCAAACAUGGUGCUGGUGUGUUUCAACACCCAUGUUUUUUGCUGUUUUGACAAUGUUUCAUUUCACUCAAACUCAACAAAUAUUGAUUCAGUUGCGUCACUGCAUGUUCUAACAUGUCGUUUAAAGUGUCCAUUAAGCACAUAAAAAGUUGUCUAAGUGUACCUUAGAGUAUAAAUCACCUCACCACGUUUAAGUUUAUAUAUGACUAUCAAAUUUUAGGGUGUUCCCCUACUUUUUGUUUGUAGUAUAAUUUGGAAUGUAACUUAAGAUGUCAAAUGUAAAGUGAAUUGCAGUUCAUAAGAACCCAAAACUGUCUAUAAUGUUUCAUUCAGAAAGCUAUCGUUUACACCCGUGCAUAAAAUAAGCAACACCCUGUAUUUUUACCAAUCAACUUUGUCUGAAAUGAAAUUCUAAACUUUUUCCAAA